CUUAAGCACCAAUUCAGCAAUUCUCCCCCUUCAUUCCAAUGACUUCAGCCGAGACUCAAACCGAAUAUGAUACAUCAAACUUCGCAAUGAUGUUAUCCAGCGCAACAGUCUUUCCCAUGGUUCUCAAGGCAACAAUCGAGUUGGGCUUGCUGGAAAUCAUCGAGAAAGCUCAUCCAAACGCCAUUUCGCCCUCUGAAAUCGCAUCUAGCCUCCAAACCAAAAACCCUGGUGCCCCUCCAAUGCUCGAUCGCAUGCUCCGCCUCCUAGCCAGUUAUGGUGUUGUCAGUUGCUCGAUCAGAAACGAAAGUAACUGCGACCAAGUUACAAGGCUUUACACCUUGCAACCGCUAGCAUACUAUUUCAUCCCUAACCGAGAAGGAGGCUCGUUAGCCCCAAUGGUUCAAGCCAUCCAUGACAAGGUUAUGAUAGACAUGUGGCAUAAUUUGAAGGACGCGGUAAUGGAAGGAGGACUUCCAUUCACAAACACAUAUGGGAUGAGCUCGACGGAGUAUGUAAUGAAAGACGAGAGAUAUAUGAAAAUCUUCAUGUCCUCAAUGAUAGACUGUAAUACCCUCUUCAUUAAGAGAAUCCUCCACAUCUAUAAGGGCUUUGAAGGUCUUAACUCCCUUCUCGAUGUUGGUGGUGGGGAUGGAUCGAUCCUCAAUAUGAUCGUAUCCAAGUACCCGGGGAUCAAGGGAAUCAACUUCGAUCUGGCUCAUGUUGUAGGAAAUGCACACCCCUACCCGGGCAUAGAGAAUUUUGCCGGAGACAUGUUUGUGGACAUACCAAAGUCGGAAGCAAUUUUCAUGAAGUGGAUUUUGCAUUCUUGGGACGAUGAAAACUGCUUGAAGAUACUUAAAAAUUGUUACAAGUCCAUACCAGAUCAAGGCAAAGUUAUGGUGGUAGAAUUCGUAGCCCCUGAAGUUCCCAAUACCGAUAUUGCUACAAGAAGCGAGCUUCAACUCGAUCUGUUCAUGAUGAACAUGAAUCCAAACGGUAAGGAGAGGACGAAACAGGAAUUCACUGACUUAGCAAAAGCUGCUGGAUUUGCAGCCGUUGAAGUGGCUUGCACUGCCUACAACUUCUCAGUGAUCGAAUUUCACAAGAACUGAUGAAAGUUUCUCUAGAGAUGACUUUUGUUUUCACUGUUUCUGGAUCUAAAUUUAUCAUAUACCAUUAAUAAAUGUCUUCACGACAGUUUCUAGUCUAGAUCUGAAUCGAGAAGCAUAGAGUGUACCCAAAUGAGCAAUGUGAGAAUAAAGGCCGAGGAAAUUUAAUUUAGGUUUGGCUAAACUGGAUAAUGGGAGGCCUACAUAAGAAUCUUAAAGCAAAGAUCACAAUGAACAAGGAUUUGAAAAAACAUACAAGAAUUGUAUAAUAAAUAUUUAAGUAAGCUUUAGACAA